AUGGUCUGGAACUUGGACUCGGUAGCUCGAUGGCGCCGAGGACUUGACAACGACAAGAAGAGGCUGGACCAAGAGGUUCAAGAGCUCGAAGCUCAGCUGGCAGAUUUGAAAGAGCGCGUGGGGCUCACUGGGGACCGUAACCUCGAGAAAGCGGCGACCAGUAACAUGGUGCUCAGCAGUGUUCUCCGCCAGCAGCAAUUACUGGUCGCUAAUGCCCAGGCGGGGCUAUCAGCCUGCUUGUUUACGGGUGCCAAGUCCCUGCGAACUGUGUUCGACGCCGCUAGAUUCUACUUGAUUAACGAGGAGAUCUCCAUCUCUGAGUGGCUCGGAUACAUCACAGUGCGGGACGACUUGAGCGUGGCGGCGGGUAACUUCACCAACUGUCGACUCUCUUCAGCGAAUGAGAACGGCGUCAAGACCGAGGUGAAUACCGCCUCUUUUGCUCAAUACGUGGACGCCGAGCAGUCCGAAAGCAACGAGCCGUUUGCAGUUCUGGUCAGAGACAGCGUAGACGUAGACGAGAUUUAUCCGUAUAGCCCGGAAGAAUGCGUCCGCAAAGACCAAAUGGGGGCUAUCGUGCUGACAGCUCUCAAGAAGAAGAAGAAGAAGAUCGUUGGUGGGGCUGGUGGUGGAAAGGAAAGUGAGUGCGGGGGAGAGAAUGAGGAGUUGGUGGUGACUAUGCGCCGUGCCGGCUUUGUGAAGAUCCAUCGCCCACCAUUUCCGCUGCCUCAAGACACUCAGCAGGGUCUUCUACAGGGAGUCAUGGCGUGGUGCGGCCUCAUGGUCUCCAAUAUGAGAGGCACCAUCGACACGAAUUCCUAA